AUGACGAGGCAAAACAUGGCUCAAUCCGAGAGGAUGGCUCUGGUGAAGCAUGCUUCAAGCCGUCCCGUUCCCCUGCCAUUGCAAUGUCUGGCCUUGUUGGCAGCUGGCGUGACAUCCAGGGAAGUGGCGCAGGGGUGGCUGUUGCCAUACCAUGUGGGAUGUCGGCAUCCAGGGCGGCUAUGUCGGUCUCACGGAGUGUACGGACCCAGAGCUGGGUCCAUGUGCAGUCGACAGCUGCGACGUGUGGGAAGAUCUUCCUCUGAGGAGGAGGCCCCCCGACAAAAUUUGUGGCGAGAGGCGCCCGAGGAGGCGCUGACAGAAGCUCUGGCUCAAGCGGAUGCUAAGUGGCUUCUGUUCCAGACAGAGGCAGACGCGGCUCCAUCGACGUCCGAUCGAACCGCUUCUGAGCAGCGCUGCUGGAGAGCAGCAGCGCUGAUGGCAGCCAGCGCCCUAGACAGGCUUCGCCCAUACACGAUCCCAGCUGCUUACCUUGACAUACCACCUUUGCGUGGUGCAGAGGACGCUCUGCUCUCCUUCCUUGGGCCUGAAGUGUCGAGGCUGGUCUUCAACUUCCUGUCUCAGGUGGAGCAGCUCUCGGGAGCCGGCAGGGCUUUUUGGCAGGCCGAGUUGUACUUGCGAGAGCUGGAUGCCGUUGCUGGCCAGACGGAGGUCCAAGAAGCAGCUUCGGAGGCAAAGGAGAAGGUCGAGGCUGAGCCAGAAGAGAUGCAGAAGGCUGUGCGCGGGAGCGUUCUCCUCGCCCGGCAGAACUACAUCUCAGCGGCUCGCUUUGGGUACUUCCUUCGCAGAGGGUUGCAGCGCCUUGAGCUGGAGAAGUCACUGGGUCAAGGUCCCUCAGGAAGCCUCUCCGAUUGGAUGGAGAAGCUCUCACCGGCGGAUGCCGUGGAGCUGGCCCGAGCCGCCACACGGGAGGCACAGCGGGCGGUGCAGCAUCAAGCAACAGAGCUCUUCGGCAGUGAGGUCAAACUGUUGCGACAGCUGGACUAUGGGCCCGAGGCCGUCGAGCAGUUGCAGCUGUCAGGCGAGGGCCGGCGACGCCUAAGCCUUGAGGCAGCUGCUUUUGGUGCCGCCCUCUUCGAUGCAGAGGCUGCUGCUGCAAGGCGCUACAAGCUCGACUACACAGCUCCGGGAAGCCGUGCCGACGGACCGCUGAGCUGA